CCGCCCUCCAGCCCUUUCCCGGGUCUCGCCUGCCUUCCCGGCUCCCAGCGCUGCUUUCUCCGUACAUAGCCCAGUGGCUGAAGUUAGAGCGACUGAGGGCAGGGAGCCCGGCACAGAGGCGGGCAGCGCCGCUGGGCUGCGGCUACGAUCGGAGCGGCCGGAAAGUGGAGCGCGCUUCUUAGCCCGCUUGCUCCACACUUCAGUGCUCCGGGGCGGGCUCCCUGACUCCUGGGCUGCCUUCGCAGACUAACUCCAACUGGACUGGUUCUUAGUGUCCUUGGAAGAGCAGUGGUUGGUCAUUCCAGCAGCAGUGCCGUCCCAGCACUCCCACCAGGAAACUACCUGACAGGACAGGUGGCCCUUGGGUCUCGGCAGCCUUUCCAGGGUGGUUGCCACAACAAACUGCAGCAGUAACCUGGCCAAGACCAUGGGAGACGUGAAACUGGUUGCCUCAGCCCACAUUUCCAAAGGUGCUCUUAAUUCUCGACCUUCAGGCCUCAGCUCCUCUGCCCUGAAUGAGGCUCCCACCUUCAUCCUGCCCCCUAGGAACCUUUGUGUUCCUGAGGGUGGCACAGCCAGGUUUGAAGGGAAGGUCAGAGGGCACCCAGAGCCACAGGUCACAUGGCACAAGAAUGGAAAACGCAUCACCCAAGGGGGGCGCUUCCUGCUCAGCUGCAAUAUCCGGGGUCAGUUCAGCCUGGAUAUUCAAUCUGUGAAAGGGGUUGAUGGAGGAAAGUACAUCUGUGAAGCAUCUAAUAGCAGUGGAGUUCAGCAGAUCACUGUGGAGCUUAAUGUAGAAGGAAACUCCCUGAAGAUGAAUAGAGAGCCAAGUGGUGCCAAGGCCCUAGGAGGCAGACUGGCAGCCCCCACUGAUAACCUGCCAAGCAUCUGGGGAGAGAGCCCUCCAAGAUUUGCUACUAAGCUCAGCAGGGUGGUGGCGAGAGAGGGACAGACUGGUCGCUUCUCCUGCAAGAUCACUGGUCGCCCCCAACCCCAGGUCACCUGGCUGAAGGGAGAUGUCCCACUGGAACCCAAUGCCCAUAUCCACAUGCUUGAGAAGAAUGGGAUGCAAGUGUUGGAAAUCCAAGAGGUCCAGCUCUCUGAUGUGGGUGUCUACACAUGUGUGGCAGUGAAUGUUGCAGGGAAAGCAUCCAUGUCUUCAGAGCUCAUCAUCCAAGGUACAGAUAAUACAAAAAGAUCCCUCAUGAAUGCAGUUGUGAUUGAAAGUUCAGAAGCUAAGAUGGUUACAACUAGCAAAAUCUCAAAAAGCCCCCAGCCAAACUGUCUAGAGAAUGUCACCAAGAGUCAAAAUCACCCCAACUUCCCGAAAACAUCCUAUAGAGAAAAUGAAAGAGCGCACAGUUCACCCCAGCCAAUGAGUGAUUCUCAUCCAGAACCCCUCUAUAAGCUGCAUGAGAAAGCUCCAGAGGUGGCCCCAGUCCUUCAGAAGACAUCAAGCACAAUCAUCCUGCAGCCUGUAAGAACUCCUCUUGAAACCAAGCCACAGACCACGGGCAACCUCCCACUUCAAGGGAAAGAGACGAUGCCCACAGCUCAGCCUACGGCAUCUUCUUUGACAAAGAAACCUGAUUCCAAGAGCCAGAAUCUACAGACCAAAAUAGCAACCAAGAAAAUUACCCUUGAAAACCGAAGAAAUAAGACCCUCGACAAAUCACCCCAAUUCUUGAUACAACCUAAAAGUCAAGAAAUCCAGGAAGGUGAUGAAGUCAAGUUCAAAAGUCAAGUUUCAGGGACUCCAAAGCCAACUGUGGAAUGGUUCCGGGACAGUACCUUUCUGAUGGAAAGGGAAGGGAUCCAGAUAUAUGAAGAGGAGGAUGGUACCCACUGCCUGUGUCUACCGAAGGCUCAAAUGGAAGACAGUGGCAGCUACAGCUGCAUGGCCUACAACAUAAAAGGCCGUGUGACCAGCCGGUGGAUGCUGACAGUCAGAAGACCAAGAGUCAGUAAGAUGCCCCCCUCUUUUUCCAGUGUCCUGAAGGACUGUACAGUCAUAGAGGGUGAGGACUUUGUGCUCCAGUGCACAAUAGAAGGGAAGCCCACCCCAUAUGUCACCUGGCUACUCAAUGAUCGGUCUAUCCAAUAUGCCCAUACAACUUUUGAGGACGGCGUGGCUGAAUUGCAGGUACAAGAUGCGUUACCCGAGGACAAUGGUCUCUAUACCUGCCUGGCGGAGAACUCGUCUGGCCAGGCGUCCUGCAGUGCCCGGGUUACUGUCCAGGAAAAGAAGAGCAGCAAAGAAAUCGACUGUUCUCCCUCUGUGGUUCCUAGUGACUCAUCUCCACCCAUCUUCCUGAAAGGUCUCUCUGAUCUCAAGGUCAUGGAUGGAAGUCAAGUCAUCAUGACAGUUCAACUAUCAGGGAACCCACCCCCUGAGAUCCUCUGGCUUCACAAUGGGAAGGAGAUCCAAGAGUCGGAGGAUUUCCACUUUGAACAGAAUGGCAGCGAAUACAGCCUCUGCAUCCAAGAAGUGUUCCCCGAGGACACGGGCAGAUACACCUGUGAGGCGUGGAACAGCACUGGUCAAGUCCAGAGUCAUGCCAUGCUUACCGUACAAGAGCCUCAAGAUGGCACUCAGCCCUGGUUCAUUAGCAAGCCUCGUUCGGUGACAGCCACCCCAGGCCAGAACGUCCUGAUCUCCUGUGCCAUUGCUGGGGACCCUUUCCCCACUGUGCAGUGGCUUCGGAAUGGCCGGGUGCUCACCAAAGAUGCUGGCUAUUCGGAGGUGCUGCAGAAUGAAGAUGUGUUCACCAUGGUGCUGAAGAAUGUCCAGUUCUCUCAUGCUGGCCAGUAUGAGAUCCAGCUCAGGAACCGGGUGGGCGCAUGCAGUUGCCAGGUGGCCUUGAUGCUUCGAGAAAGCCCUUCUGGGGCCCUGGGAGAGGCCAUCCCCCUUUGCCUGGGGAAGGAGCCUGCCAGCUGUGAAGGACUAGCUGGAGGAGGAGGAGGAGGCGGCAGCGGCGUUGGCAGUGGUGGCAGUGGUGGUGGCCAUCAUGGAACACUAAGACCCCUGGGCCUGGGGAACAGGCUGAGCUGGAGGCCUGAAGAGGAGGGCGAGGACGUUCGGGGGGUGCUCAAGAGACGAGUGGAGACCCGGGAGCACACCGAAGACCGACUUCGACAGCAGGAAGUAGAACAACUGGACUUCCGAGACCUCCUGGGGAAGAAGGUGUGCACCAAGACUCUGUCAGAAGAAGAACUAAAGGAGAUCCCAGCCGAGCAGAUGGAUUUCCGCGCCAAUUUGCAGCGGCAAGUGAAGCCAAAAACGUUAUCUGAGGAGGAGAGGAAGGUGCACAGCCCCCAGCAGGUUGACUUCCGCUCUGUGCUAGCCAAGAAGGGGGGUCCUAAGGCCCCUGUACUAGAGAAGACACCACUUCCCAAACCAGCUACCCCAGAUUUUCGUUCUGUGCUUGGCAACAAGAAAAAGUUACCUGCAGAGAAUGGCAGUGCCAAUGCUGAAUCCUUAAAUGCCAAAGCAGGAGAGAAUGCCAAGCUGGUCGAGAACACCAGACUGAUAGGGAAUGCCAAGUUAGCUGAAACCCAGAAGCCUUUUGGGGGUGCCAAGUUAGGUGACACCCAAAAAUCUAUUGGAAAUGCCACUCCAGCCGAAACCAAGAAGCCUAUAGGAAAUACCCAACCAGCGGAACCCCCGAAACAAGCAGGGAAAGAGGAGCUUAAGAAUGAAGUCAUCAACGAUGUGAACUGCAAACGAGCCUGUACAGGAGCUCUAGAUAGUGAUAAGACUGCAGAAAAAAAAGGGACUCCCCCAAGCUUCACAGAGAAACUCCAGGACUUGCGUGUGGCAGAGGGUAGUAAACUUAUCCUUCAGUGCCAGGUUGUAGCUGAGCCACCAGCCGCCAUUACUUGGACACUGAAUGGCAAGACCCUCAAGAGCACCAAGUUCAUCGCCCUUGCCCAAGAAGGCUCACUGUGUUCUGUCACCAUUGAGAAAGCAAUGCCUGAGGACAAUGGCACGUACAAGUGUCUAGCCAAGAAUGCUGCAGGUCAAGCCGAGAGCUCUUGCCACGUGACUGUGGAUGAAGCUCCAUCUGGGCAGAUGAAAUCUCGAAGGUCCAAGAGCUCAAUCCCUCCUGUCCUAGGAACUGAAAGUGAUGCAACAGUGAAAAAGAAACCUGCCCCCAAGACACCCCCGAAAGCAGCUCUUCCACCCCAGAUCAUCCAGUUCCCAGAAGAUAAAAAGGUUCGAGCUGGAGAGUCCGUGGAGCUGUUCUGUAAAGUCGCAGGCACACAGCCCAUCACCUGCUCCUGGAUGAAGUUCCGAAAGCAGAUCCAAGAGAGUGAACACAUCAAGAUCGAGACCAGCGAGAACAGCAGCAAGCUAACCAUCCUCUCCACAAGGCAGGAGCACUGUGGCUGCUACACACUGCUGGCGGAGAACAAGCUGGGCACCAAGCAGGCUCAAGUCAAUGUCACCGUUGUGGAUAAGCCAGACCCCCCGGCGGGCACCCCCUGUGCCUCAGAUAUUCGGAGCUCAUCACUGACUCUGUCUUGGUAUGGCUCUUCAUACGACGGGGGCAGCGCUGUGCUGUCCUACAGUGUGGAGAUCUGGGACUCAGUGGACAAGGAGUGGAAAGAAUUGACCACAUGCCGCAGCACCUCCUUCAGUGUCCAGAACUUGUUGCCAGACCGCGAGUACAAGUUCCGUGUGCGAGCCAUCAAUGUAUAUGGAACCAGUGAACCCAGUCAAGAGUCAGAGCUCACCACAGUGGGAGAAAAACCUGAAGAACCUAAGGAUGAAGUGGAAUUGUCAGAUGAUGAUGAGAAGGAACCCGAGGUAGACUACCGGACAGUGGCAAUCAACACCGAACAAAAAGUUGCUGAUUUCUAUGACAUCGAGGAGAGAUUAGGAUCUGGGAAAUUUGGACAGGUCUUUCGACUUGUUGAAAAGAAAACUGGAAAAAUUUGGGCAGGGAAAUUCUUCAAGGCAUAUUCAGCAAAAGAUAAAGAGAACAUUCGGCAGGAGAUUGACAUCAUGAACUGUCUACACCACCCCAAGCUUGUGCAAUGUGUUGAUGCCUUUGAGGAGAAAGCCAACAUUGUUAUGGUCUUGGAGAUUGUGUCUGGAGGUGAACUCUUUGAGCGGAUCAUUGAUGAGGACUUUGAGUUGACCGAACGGGAGUGUAUCAAGUACAUGAAACAGAUUUCGGAAGGCGUGGAGUACAUCCACAAGCAGGGCAUCGUUCACCUUGACCUCAAGCCUGAGAACAUUAUGUGUGUCAACAAGACUGGGACCAGGAUCAAGCUCAUUGACUUCGGACUGGCUCGGAAACUAGAGAAUGCAGGUUCCCUGAAGGUCCUCUUCGGCACACCAGAGUUUGUAGCCCCUGAAGUGAUCAACUAUGAGCCAAUUGGCUACGCCACAGACAUGUGGAGCAUCGGUGUCAUCUGCUACAUCCUGGUCAGCGGCCUUUCCCCCUUCAUGGGCGACAAUGACAACGAAACGCUAGCUAAUGUUACCUCAGCCACCUGGGACUUCGAUGAUGAAGCAUUUGACGAGAUCUCGGACGACGCCAAGGACUUUAUCAGCAACUUGCUGAAGAAGGACAUGAAGAACCGCCUGGACUGUACCCAGUGCCUUCAACAUCCAUGGCUAAUGAAAGACACCAAAAAUAUGGAAGCCAAGAAACUAUCCAAAGAUCGGAUGAAAAAAUACAUGGCAAGAAGAAAAUGGCAGAAAACGGGCAAUGCUGUGAGAGCAAUAGGAAGACUGUCCUCUAUGGCAAUGAUCUCAGGGCUCAGUGGCAGAAAGUCCUCUACAGGCUCCCCAACCAGCCCUCUAAAUGCAGACAAGCUAGAAACAGAAGAAGAUGUCUCCCAAGCUUUCCUGGAGGCGGUGGCUGAGGAGAAGCCCCACGUGAAACCCUAUUUCACAAAGACCAUUCUUGACAUAGAGGUGGUGGAGGGAAGUGCCGCCAGGUUUGACUGCAAGAUCGAAGGGUACCCAGACCCUGAGGUUGUCUGGUUCAAAGAUGAUCAGUCCAUCAGAGAAUCUCGUCAUUUCCAGAUAGACUACGAUGAAGAUGGGAACUGCUCUUUAAUUAUUGCUGAUGUUUGUGGGGAUGAUGAUGCCAAGUAUACCUGCAAAGCAGUCAACAGCCUGGGAGAAGCUACCUGCACUGCUGAGCUAAUUGUGGAAACCAUGGGGAAAGAAGGGGAAGGAGAAGGAGAAGGGGAGGAAGAAGAGGAAGAGUAACACAAGGCUAUAAAGAAAGAGCCUUUUCCAAAUCCCAUCAUAUAGACUAUUUCUGUAAAGUUCAGGAAAAACCAAAAACCAAAAUAUUAAAACCAACUUAGUGUGACAGAUUAUAUAUUUAGGCCAUUGAGGGUUGAUUUCUUCAGCACGAUCAGUUGAUACCUCUCAGCUUUAUUUAUGGGCAUUAAUCUGAAUUAGCAGGCACCCCAAGAUGCUAGAGUGGCUAGUUUUAGAGUAGAAAAGCCAUCUAAUCAUUUGCCUGAUCAAUUUGCUUUUUUAUUUAACUUUAUUUUUUUGAUUAAUCAAAAUCUUUGCUUUCUCUUUCCCACUUCCCCCUCAAACAACAAAAACAGCAAAACAAAAAACAAAAAAUACCUUAUAAUCAUUAUACAGAGUCAAAGAAAACAAAGUCCCACAUUGGCCAUGUCCCAAAAAUAUACAGGAUGUCCCCAAAGUCUUGGUGCAGUUUUAAGCUAUAAGAUCUAAGACUUUGGAGACACCCUGGGUGUCUCACUUUGGACUCCAAGCCCAUCAUUAUUCUGCCAGGAGGUGGGCAGCAUGCUUUUAUCACUGGUCCUCUGGAAUCAUGUUUUGACCAAUUUUGGUGGGGAGGAAAGAGCAAAAAAUAUUUAUCUAAAUCCCAUCUUUGAGACCUUUUAUGACAACUCAGUUUGUAGCCUGGGUCCUGACCAAGACCACAGCAGCUGAUAUGGCUUCUAAGUUCUUUGUGGCUUUCUGAGGUUUCUUUGCCUUGCUCCGUGACACCAGGACACUUUCUGGUCUUCCAAUGCAUCCCUCUAUUUUGGAGCCAACAAAGCCCUUCUAGAUUUAAGAGGUAGAUUUUAUUUUCAAGUGUGCUACUGUAACUUGGGCCUUUAAUUUCUCUCCACUCCCCCUCCAAGUUACCUUGGAUAUAAACUUGGAAUCUGCUCUAUUUAGGUCUGAGAUUAGUCAGUAACUGGUUUGUUGCAAUCCCUUUAGAAAGUUCCCCAAUGUACUAGGAAAAACACAGCCUCUGUCCUUCCAUCCUAACCAAGUGAAAAAAAAAGUCUUCCCUUUCCUUGCAAGGCUCUAAUAGUGUUAGACAUCUGUGCAGGAAAUAAGCAUAAUCACCUAAGGGAGGGGGGAAACCCUUGCUAAUAAAUCUCUUCAUAGAUCUGGACUCUGAUACGUGCUAUUAGCAGGUUAUCGGUAGAGCACAUAUAAGUAAAGAUUUUUGCACUGGAUAGUGUGAAAAUCAGUUUGGUAAAAAAAGGUAGUCUUCUUUUAUCAAUAUUAUUAUUUAUUCGGCCACUUAGAAACAGAUUUCAACUGAUGACUUAGCUAUAGACCAUCAUGUACUUUGGAAUCACCUUCAAAAGUAGUCGUAGAAUUGAAUUAUUCUUUUAUUCCAAACACUUUCCAAAGAAGCUUGUUUACCCUUUGUGUUCCACAAUGUUUUUCAUCUUGAAUGUGCAACAAAACCUGUCCCCCAGACCCUGUGAUUUCUCCUCCGGUCUGAUAAAUCCAUUCAGACUUUGCAUUUAUGUAUGAUCCUAAAUAAAGCUUUUUACUUUCUUUCACAGUCCUAGCUAGCACUUAGCUGUUUCUUGUUCGAGGCUAAUAACAGAGGCCUUGAGCUGAUGUGCAAAAUACAUUUUGUUGUGUGUAUAGCAUUCCAAAUAUCUCUAUAUGUAUGUAUACAUACAUAUGUAUAUAUACAUUUUUUUCUUUUUCCACUGUUUGUAAUGUGUAGCAAUUUAAAAUGUCAGGGGAAAAAGGUAGUUCUUAACAGUUCCUUAAACCAUUUCUCAAUGUACAAUCCGACAAUUUGUGCAAUUCUACACAGUUAUCAACUUUAGGAUGUUUGAUAUUACCUAGUUUAACGUCUCAUAUUAUUUUAUGUUUUAUGUUUUAAAGAACUUUUUAUCUGCUUUGCUCUUUGCUGCUAGGUUCAAAUUGCCAGAGUGUUUUUAAUUUCUUUUUUUAAAAACAGAUAAAAGAACAUCUGUUUUCAUAGCCACAGUAUUGCCACAAUUCAUUAUAAGAAAGGGUUUUCUCAUUUGAUUUAGUGCAUUCAGAGCUUUUCUCACCACUUUAAAAUGUGUUUAGAUAAUAAUGAUGUGUGUGCGUGUGAGUGUGUGUGUAUAUGUGUGUUUGGGUUGGUUUUUUUUUUAUACCUUCUUGAAAUUAUGCUAACAUUUUCCCCAGUUUGUUAUACCAUCAAAACGGUAAGAAAUGAGAACACUACAGCUGUAGUUAACUCACAAUUUUUAAAUAAAGAAUACCACAAAGCAA